GGCCAUUUCACCUUAAAAACACGUUCCAACAGCAAAUCUUCCCAUUUAACUGAGGAACGGUCUAAAACGUAGUUUACGAUUGUCUACGGAUACAUUUGACGCUUUUUCUUGAGCUGAUUUUGUCUGUUUGCUGUGAAUUUUGACACAACACGCACUAAUCUUGCAUUCAACUUUGUCCGGUAUAUUGGUGGGUUUCAGUACAACGAGGGGGAUAAUUUUGGUUACAACAGGUUAACAAUCACUACUGUUAUAUAUAUAUAUUAAGCUUUCUUGAUUUUCAUUUCAUAACGAAUGUAUACUGCGGAACAAUUGGCAACGUUUUCGGUGUUCCAUACACCAAUUGAUGUUUUGGACAACUUAGAAGAGGAGGAUACCAACCAGAAAGAGGUUACAGUUCCUGUCGACCAAAAGACUGAAGCAGAUCCUACUGAUGUUCGUGUCACGGAUCCAAAAAGCAUUCUCAACACCCGUUGUACCGUGUGCAAUUAUGACAAAAUAAUCAGUGCUAUUGAGCGGAGAGUCCAUGUAAAAACAGAUUGGCAUCGUCUGAAUUUGAAACGACAUGUUCAAGGACUGCAACCACUUUCACUCGCAGAGUUUGAAAAAACGAUUGGUGACCUUGCUGAAUCUAUCUCUGGCUCUGAAGACGAGGAUGACAGUGAUACAGAGUCCACACAUGGCCUGAACGAACUUCAUAAUAACUUUAACAAGUCGCUAUCUUUGGAUGUUGACGAAAGCAAUAAGCCGGCAAAAAAAUCGCCCAUCGUUUGGUUUCAAUUAAAAAAACAAGAGACUCCUUCAAAUCUCUCACUCCACGUCGGUAUUUACCGAUGCCUAUUUACUGACUUUAUGAAGCCAUCCUUAAAAGAGCUGCGGAGUUUCCAAGACAAGCCUUUACAGAUGGCCUUCUUCAUGCUGAGCGGUGGUCAUUUUGCAGCGAUGAUUGCUUCAACAGAAACCUCUCCUGCGAAGUCUGGACCGCGGGUCUUAGCUCAAAAGACCAUUCACAGAUAUACGACUCGUCGGAAACAAGGUGGCUCCCAAUCUACAGCCGAUAAUUCGAAGGGCAAUAUUCACUCUGCCGGUUCUAGCUUGCGUCGUUACAAUGAGCAGGCCCUUGCCAAGGAUGUUCGACAAGUGUUGCAACAAUGGAAAACACUGCUGCAGGAUAGCGAGUUGAUCUUUGUGCGCGCGACUGGUAAGACGAAUAGAGACAUGCUGUUUGGUGAAUCCUUGUUGCAGACUGACGAUACACGACUUCGGACGUUUCCCUUUACCACAAAACGACCAACUCACUCCGAGCUUGUUCGUUGUUACACAGAGUUGAUCACGCUAAAGACGAGCACGAUUGACAAAAAUGCACUUGCCGCCCUUGAGCAACAGCAUGAGCAACAAAAAAUAGAGCAAAACAAAGCAUUGGCCGAAAAAGCCGAAAGGGAAAAACGAGAAAAAGAACAGGCAAAAUUGACUACUCAUGUUAUUGGUCUAAUUAAGCAAUUAAAGGUUUCCGAAGCUAUUGAUUAUUUGAAACAGCAUGGUCGGAAUGUUAAUAUGACGUUUGCCCCGCUCUCAUCCUACAUGCAUGCUAGUACCUUGUUACAUUAUGUUGCUGCGAACGACUUGAAACGGUGUGUUCUUCCUCUGUUGAAGCAGGGAGCUAACCCCACUAUCAAAAACGGCAAUGGCAAAGUACCAUAUGAAAUUAGCAGCAGAGAAAUCCGUGAAGAGUUCAGUAUCGCACGACAUGAACUUGGUGAAAGCGCGUUUCAUUGGGCAAAGGCGAAGGUUGGUCCGGCGAAAACGCGAGAGCAAUUCCAGCGCCAGCGGGAAAAGGAACGUCUUCGUCAACGUGAUCAACGGCUUGAGCAAGAGCGCAAGGAAAAGCUUCGACGGGAACAGGCACUUAAGGAUAUGGAAAAGAAUGAGAAGAAGUCUUACGAACAAUCAUUUGGUCGGGGACGAUCACUGGGACUUGCGCAAACGAUCCAAGCACAGAAUCUUCAGUCCUUAACGCCCGAAAUGCGAAUGCGUAUCGAACGCGAAAAACGGGCCCAAGCAGCAUUGCGAAGAUUAGGUCAAAAGUAAGGUCAAUUGUAACUGAAUUCCGUCAACCAUCAUUGUCAGCACCACUACUUUUCAUCACAUAACCUCAGGAUAGUCGACAUGCACCUUCAGUUAUGCACCAAAAAAUGACGAUUCCUUAUUAAAACAAAACUACCCAAAGUAAAAGCAAUAUUUGACGAUUUAUUUCUUAGCAGGCUUCUUCACCCUCUUUCUUUGUUUCUUCGCGCCAGGGGCUACUGCUGCUGUUUUCUCUGGCUUCUCAACCUUUUCCUCGGCGAGAACAAUUCCAAGCUCUUCCAGCUUACGUUUUUUAAGCUCAAGUCUUUUAGCCCUUUUAGCGAUAAGACGGUUAAUUUGUUUCUCGCUCUUAGGCUUUUCACACCGAAACUUUGCGAUAGAAGCCCAGGGAAUGAACUUGAAGGGAGCAGCUUCAUCAGAAAUCAUAUCGGCGUUAGAAGUAAUGACUCUGCACUGCAACAGUUUACCGUCCAACAAGUAGUUGUGCGUAGUUUCAGCCGCAAUACGAGCAACCUCUGCAUUUUCAAAUUUAAUGAACGCGUAAUGUCUGGAGUGACCAGUCUAGUUUUGUUAGUAUAAACGAACUCAAGGGUCAAGUACAGCGAGGGCGGACACAUCUCACCGAUAAUAAUCUCUGACUUACUUUUUUGUUGACCGCCAGACGGACGCGAAGAACUCUGCCAAAUUGACUGAAGUAUCCUCUAAUUUGUUUCUCUCCGAGACUGUCAGGAAUACGUCCCAAGUACACAUAACACAUAUCGUGAUGCUUGUUAUGCGAGCUAAUAUCGCGCUUAGACGGCUUCUCACUGGCGUCCUCCUUUUCUUGACCGAUAGACAAUAUGGGUUUCUUUGCCACAGAGCCAGUCUUUCCUUCAGUUUCGUCUUCCUCGGCGGAAUCAAAACCCUUUAAAAACUCUUCUUCAUUUAAAGAAGCACCCUUUUCCCCAGAGUCCGAGACGACGUCGUUGUUCUUCUUCUUUUCAGCAUUUGCUUUUACUUUGAGAGCAGCUCCGGAGCUUAAAAGAGAGCCAGACUUUCUGGUUUUACCUGAUGAAAAAUUAGCAACAAUGAACCGUCUUGUAUUUUCGUUACGAACCAGUGGAAGCCUUGGUCACAGUUUUCUUGGUGCCCGACAUUGUUUGGUGCUGGCUGUGGGCCUGGCCAGCUUGAAAUCAUUUUUCUAACUAUUUGGACGUUAGAGACCGUUAUACUACGCUAUACACAAAUACUGUAUUCUAUGAUACUGCAUUAUUUUGCUAUAGAACGCGCAAACAUUUUUUAUUUGUAUUUAACGAGCACUAAGGAUACUUAACGAUUACUUCUUCCCCUCGAUCAUAAUAAUAUGAUAACCAAAAUUGGUUUUCACCAUAGUGGUAAUUGGUUUGUCGACCUUACUGCAGGAGUUAGUCUGG